AUUAUCUCCACCACGUGCAUGAACCAUUUCUCAUAUAAAUAUCCCCUUCACCCCGUUCAUCAAGAAAGCUCACAACUUCCUCUUUUAUCUCUCUGUUUUCUCUACUACUAAAUUCACUUGUCAAUACAAAUUAAACCCCACAAACAAAAUGUAUGCAAAUUGUGAAUUAGAAAAUGAUUUUGCGGUUCUUGAAUCAAUUAGCCGUCACUUACUUGAAGACUGGGAAGUUCCGUUAACGAACUCAGACAACUCAACAACCUCAGAUAUCAGCCAAAGUAACAGCAUUGAAUCAAACAUGUUCCCUAAUUGCUUGUCGAGUGAAUUCGAUACAGCUGAAGUUUUCGUUAACAAUAUUUUUGAUGAAGACAUUGAAUUUGGAUUCGAAUUAGCGCCUUCUGAUAUUCCAAUCCCCAAUGUCAAACUGGAGCCACAAAUGUCCAUCGAAUCACCUGAAACAUGGAAUUUACCGGAAUUUGUGGCUCCGGUUAAAGUGGAAUCUCCGUUAAUGAGCUCUGACAAUUCAACAACCUCAGAUAUCAGUCGAACCAACAGCAUUGAAUCCAACAUGUUUCCCAAUUACCUAUCCAAUGAACUCGAUACAGCUGGAAUUUUCCAUAACAAUAUUUUUAAUCAAGACACUGGAUUUGGAUUAGAACCUUCUGAUAUUCCAAUCCCCAAUGUAAAACUGGAGCCACAAAUGUCCGUUCAAUCACAAGAAUUUGUGGCUCCGGUAAAAGUGGAAUCACCUGUGGCAGCGCAGCCAAAAGCGGCGAAGCAUUAUAGAGGUGUGAGAGUGCGGCCAUGGGGGAAGUUUGCGGCGGAGAUUAGGGAUCCUGCGAAAAAUGGGGCAAGAGUUUGGCUGGGUACAUAUGAGACAGCGGAGGAUGCAGCGUUGGCUUAUGAUAAGGCAGCGUUUCGCAUGCGGGGGUCACGUGCAUUGCUGAAUUUUCCGUUAAGGGUUAAUUCUAGUGAACCUGAACCUGUUAGAGUUGGUUCUAAGAGAUCGUUGGUGUCGCAAGAAAGUUCUUCUUCAUCGUCGCCAAAUAGAAGGAAGAAGGUAGCUAAAGGGACGGAGUUGUAAGUCUUAAUCAAGCGGGUCCUGUAUAGUAAUAAAAAGAUAAAUUAUCUGAGGGUAAUUUUUUUUUUUUUUUUGGUGGCUAAAUCAAUGGAUUUGUUCUUUCUUUAAA